CCGAGAGAAUUCAAGAACAUAAUCGAAAUUUUUUUGAACUUUCGUAGCUAAAUUCGUAAUUCAACCACUAAAUUCAUUGUAUUGAGCUUCAUAAGAUCGUUAGUUUGUGGCAUACGAAUGUCAAAUCUCGCAAGUCGUUUUCAAUCUACGGAUUGUGCUGUGAAAGAUUCCACUUCAACGACGAAAAGGGGGAAUUAAGCAGCGUAAUAUUUGGCGCGCGGUUGCUUUACUACCAGGCACCGCUAAUCGUCAUUGCCAGAGGCCAGAGCUGUUUUCAAACUCUUCAUCUUCAUCCUCUUUACCCACUUUCCCUUGAAUUUGUUUUUCUUUAUUUCAGAUUAGGAUUUGUUCUUAUUUCUCUGUUCAAAUUUCGUCUUGUGAUCAGGAAAACUGAGAAACAAAGUUCCCGAACUUCAUGUUUUGAUUGAGCUUGGGUUCUGAGAUUUGUUCCCGUUUGGACUUUGGGGUUUACAAAGAAACCCGUAUUUCAUAUAGAACGACUUUCAGAUUUUGAGUUUUGUUUGGUGGAGGUGAAUAUGGAAACAUUUCUUUCAGCCAUCGUCUCAGAAGUUCAGGCGGGAGGGAACUCUCUGCUUGUCACUAUUAAGAUUGCAGUGCUACCCAUAGCCAAAGUUUUCACCAUGUGCUUUCUGGGUUUUGUUAUGGCAUCUAAAUAUGUCAACAUCUUGCCUGCAAGUGGAAGGAAACUUUUGAAUGGGUUGGUUUUUUCGCUUUUGCUUCCAUGUUUAAUAUUCUCUCAGCUCGGGCAAACUAUUACUCUCGAGAAAAUGCUUAAAUGGUGGUUUAUUCCUGCAAAUGUUGUUCUGGCUUCCAUAUCAGGUUCCCUUAUAGGAUUAAUUGUUGCAAUAAUUGUUCGUCCUCCAUACCCCUUCUUCAAGUUCACGAUUGUACAAAUUGGAAUUGGGAACAUUGGAAAUGUGCCUCUCGUUCUCAUUGCAGCUUUAUGUAGAGACGAGUUGAAUCCUUUUGGUGAUGCAGAGAAGUGUAGCACUGAUGGGAUUGCUUAUAUUUCAUUUGGCCAGUGGGUUGGUGCAAUUAUCCUCUACACCUAUGUUUAUGCUAUGUUGGCACCUCCUCCUGAGGGUACAUUUGACAUCAAAGAUCAACGCAUUCCAGUUAAGAACCUGCUAAAGGAUAGUACACCUGCGCAUGUUCCCUUGCUCGUUCAGGAGGUAGCUUCAACAUAUCCAGAUGCUUCUAAGAAGGAAGGGACUAAGGGCUUCCUUGUGUAUUGGUAUGAGAAAUUGAAGCUCAAGCAAAUUUUUCAGCCUCCUAUUGUUGCUUCGGUCCUAGCUAUGAUUUUGGGUGCAACACCAUUCUUAAGGCGAUUGGUCUUUACUCCUGAUGCUCCACUAUUUUUCUUCACUGAUAGCUGCAUAAUGCUCGGGGAGGCUAUGAUUCCAUGCAUCCUGUUGGCAUUGGGAGGAAACCUCGUUGAAGGUCCUGGAAGUUCGAAACUCGGGCUACGGACAACUGCUGCUAUUAUUUUUGCACGGUUGGUUUUGGUACCUCCUGCAGGACUUGGCAUUGUCAUGUUGGCUGACAAGCUUGGCUUCCUUCCUCCUGAUGAUAAGAUGUUCCGAUUCGUUCUUCUUCUUCAGCAUUCAAUGCCAACGUCUGUCCUCUCGAGCGCUGUGGCUACUUUAAGGGGUUGUGGUAGAGAUUCUGCUGCUAUUCUUUUCUGGGUUCAUAUAUUUGCUGUCGUCUCAAUGGCUGGGUGGUUCAUCCUCUAUUUCAGGAUACUCUUCUAAAGAAAUUGCAACAUUGUGAAUACGUUUCAUAUUCCAAUCCAUCUGCAAUUACUUUUUGUUAAGUAUUUGUCAUUCGUUACUUAUAGAGAGGACCAAUAUUGUCUAGAAAUAAUAUUUUUUUGUUUGAGAUGAUUGCAUCAUAAUAAAGCUAAGCGAAUUAGUAGCUGUUUCAAUACGGUAUGAAGAGAUGUUCUAUUAUUGAAUAAUUCAUGCUUUGUAGAUCACAUGGAAAAACAGAUUAUGGGGAUGUGAAUAGAGAGAUUAUGUUAAUUGUACUUGGUA